GUCGCCACCAAUCUAAAUGGUUAUCUGGAUUGUCUUUGGAUAUGCGAUGCUCCACUGGCCAACAGAGGCAGUCGUACGGGGGACUUUCCCUUCACGCUUCUCGGUUGAUUCUUCACACCGCAAGAUUCUACCAAGAUAUCUCCCAAUUCGCCGCAUUUGCUACCAGUAAAAAGAGUCUACGGGUGCUCUCCCACACCUCGAUGAUCACGAAUACUAGGUGUGGGUGCCUCGUUGAUUAUCGCUUUCUGUCGUCUUGGAUUAAACCGAAACGUCCUUCAAGGCGAAAAAGGAACAAUUCUUUGGAGAUCCUACAGACCCCGUGAGCUUACAUCUGGUCUGCAUGGCGAUCUUACUGUGCAGAGUGUGCCGACACUAUCUCAAGUCCCGGACUAUUACUUCGUCUGGCCGUUAUAUCUUUUAUUCCUCGUCUUUUUAUCUGGCCAAUAACUCUUGAAAUCCAAUGCCUCGCCCGAGGAGGCCCGGCGCUCCGGAGCCAAAGCGAAGGUCCCGUAAAGGAUGCUGGCCAU